AUGAUCAUUGUUGAGAUUGUGAUACAUGUUGCCAAAUUUGUGUUCAGGCUGUGUAGCAGCGUUUACUCCCAGUGGCAGAAUGUGGAAUGCUUGUGCAGUGGGGUGUGCAGUCCUGAAGACAGGCCAGACAGCUCAUGGCCUGGGAAUUUUGGAGUGAUCAGUAAAGGGUCAGGUGUUGGGGUUCCUGAGGAAAUUUGCCAGUGCAUCCUGGCUGAGUCUCAGCAUUUCUCAGCGGAACUCAUUGAGAAGAAGGAAGAAAACAAUAUGAAGAGGAAGAAGGAAGAGCUAAGGGAGCGCCUCAGUGCCUUGGACUGCCCUCAUGGCCCAGUUGGUUUACACAACAUUGGACAGACCUGCUGUCUUAACUCCCUUAUUCAGAUAUUAAUUAUGAAUGUGGGCUUCACCAGGAUAUUGAAGAGUGAAGCUGCAAGCAGGUCAGAUAAUAAAAAUGCUUUUGUGUUUGUCCAGCAUGAUGCUGCUCAACUCUACCUCACAGUCUGGAACCUAAUUAAGGACCAAAUCACAGAUGUGGACUUGGUAGAGAGGCUGCAGGCCCUUUAUACAAUCCGGAUGAAGGAGUCCUUGGUUUGCCUUGAAUGUACAACGGAAAGGAGCAGAAAUAGUAGCAUGCUGACCCUCCCCCUUCCUCUUUUUGAUAUGGACUCAAAGCCCCUGAAAACCCUGGAGGAUGCCCUUCGCUGUUUCUUCCAACCCAGGGAGUUAUCAGGCAAAAGCGAAUGCUUCUGUGAGAACUGUGGGAAGAAGACUUGUGGGAAGCAGGUCUUGAAGCUGACCCAUUUGCCCCAGACCUUGACAAUCCACCUCUUGCGGUUCUCCAUCAGGAAUUCGCAGACAGAAAAAAUCUUCCACUCACUUUAUUUCCCCCAGAGUUUGGAUUUAAGUCAGGUCCUUCUGAUUGAGGAAGACCUCUGCAGUGCUGAGGAACAGCUUGGAAGACAGUAUGAGCUCUUUGCUGUGGUUGCCCAUGUUGGGGCAGCUGACUUUGGUCAUUACUGUGCCUAUAUCCAGAAUUCUGUGGAUGGAAAAUGGUUCUGCUUCAACGACUCCAAUGUUUGUUGGGUAUCCUGGGAAGACAUCCAGUGUACUUAUGGAAAUCAUAACUACCGCUGGCGGGAAACUGCAUAUCUUCUGGUUUACAUGAAGAUUGAAUCCUAA